GUGUUGGUCAGAUCACCAGUAUGACGCGUCUCCUCCCUCAGUUUACUCCAAAUGUUCACGCAGCCCGUCACUGCACAAGACAGAGAGAAUUACAUGACUUAUGAUGUGCCAGCACCUUAAAAUGACCUCUUCUAUGUCAGACUGAUGCUAUAGGCGCUGACCACUAUCAUGAGGAGAGGAGGAGGCCUGCAGGAUCGCCAGCUGAAAGCAGAAGAGCCAGAAGCGCUUCCUAAAGGAAAGACACACAGCAUCUACACUGACACGCCUGUGGCGGCUGAGACGCUUCUCAUCAUCUCAUCAUUCCUGCAGUCCACCGACCACACACAACCCAUCGAGAGGCUGGAGGGCAGUCUGGCCCAGGCUGCGCUGGCGGCGUCAUACGGGCCUGACGGUUCGCUGCUGGGCUCGGAGGACGCCAGUCUCGACCCCCAGCGCACGCGGCAGGCCAUCGCACAGCUGCAGCAGAAGAUCCUGAAACUCACUGAGCAGCUGCGCAUCGAGCAGGCGGCCCGCGACGAGAAUGUGGCCGAAUACCUCAAGCUGGCCAGCAAUGCCAGUGACAAACAGCAGAGCAGCCGCAUCAAACAGGUGUUUGAGAAGAAGAACCAGAAGUCGGCGGCAAGCAUCGCCCAGCUGCAGCGUAAGCUGGAGCAUUACCACCGGCGUUUGCGCGAGGUGGAGCACAGCGGCGUGCAGCGGCAGCCCAAAGACGUGUUGCGCGACAUGCAGCAGGGCCUGCGGGACGUGGGCGCCAGGGUCAUCACGGGGCUCAGCGAGGGCGUGGUGGACAGCGUCAAGGGCGGACUGUCCAGUUUCUCCCACGCCACGCACUCGGCCGCCGGGGCCGUGGCCUCCAAACCCCGCGAGAUCGCCUCGCUGAUCCGCAACCGCUUCGGCAGCGCCGAUAACAUCAACGUCCUGAAGGACGGGCCGGAGGACGCCGAGGACAGCAUGGCCACUGCUGGACGCUCUCUGGGAUCUGCCACCGGACACCUGCAGUCCAGCCCGAAGUUCGGCAGCGACGAGGACUGCUCGAGCGCCACCUCAGGAUCCAACAGUGUGACGGGGGCCCCCGGGGGCCCGCCGAGCUCCAGGGGAAACACACUAGAGCGGGGCCAUGGCGGCAGCCUGGACAUGUUGAUGCAGGAGCUGCAGGAGCUGCGAGAUGCCCAGACGCGUCUUGAGGAGACGGUGGAGAGUCUGAAGAGCGGGUAUCUGAAGGAGUGCACGCUAGUGAUGCAGGCGCUGCAGGAGGAGAGGUUCAGGUGUGAGCGCUUAGAGGAACAAGUCAACGAUCUGACGGAGCUCCACCAGAACGAGAUCCUGAACCUGAAACAAGAGCUGGCCAGCAUGGAGGAGAAGAUCGCGUAUCAGUCCAACGAGAGAGCCCGAGACCUGCAGGAGGCUCUGGAAGCGUGUCAGACGCGCGUCUCCAAGAUGGAGCUGCAGCAGCAGCAGCAGCAGGUGGUUCAGCUGGAGGGUUUGGAGAACGCCACGGCGCGCACACUCAUCGGCAAACUCAUCAACGUUCUGCUGGCCCUCAUGGCCGUCCUGCUGGUCUUCGUCUCCACCGUCGCCAAUUGCGUGGUCCCUCUGAUGAAGACGCGCAGCCGCUCCGUCUCCUCGCUGCUCGUCUUCCUCCUGUUCGCCGUGCUCUGGAGGAACUGGGACGCCUUCUCAGGACACACCUCGCGCCUCCUGCAGGUGCCCAGAUGAGCGGCCCACUCCCACAGGAUCACAGAAGAACUGCUGGUCUCCGACGAUUUUGCACAGUGUUUUGAAUGCCUUUGGUGCGUUGCUCUUGAAUGAGAUUAAUAUUAAUUGUAUUUGUAUUUCUAAUGUAAUUUUAGUCGAAUGUAGCAUUCUGCAUUAGCUCACACAAAAAUGAAGAUUCUGUCAUCAUUUCCUCAGUGUUGUGAGUAGACGCCCGUAUGCUGGUAUUUUUUCUGGUGAUCACAGAAGGAGAAAUUUCCACUGCUUUUCUUGCAGCUGUUUGUAUGCAACAGUAGAGACUCAAAAUGAUGAUGAAUGUUUGAAUGAACAGAAACUGUGAACUGUUUAGAAAAGAGCUGUAACUUCUCCUUCUGUGUUCUUUGAAAGAAUAGCAUCAUACAUACGGUAGAUGUGAGGGGUGAGUGACGUGAAUGUUUGGAUGACGCGUUCGUUCGUCAGUCUCACUGAAGUGAGUUGAGCUGGUUUUACGGCUGUUUCAUGGCGUUUGAAGGAAGACUCGCGCCUCCUGCAAUAAACAGAGCGAUGGACACGGCAGAAUUUGUCCUUCCUCUGCUCUCAUUACUGUUAUUAUUUUCAAAGGAUGUUGGCUGUUUACUAGCAUUGUCUGAUGUAAAAACACUGUUUGAAAUGAAGUAUUAAUUUAUUGAAUAUUGCACCGCCUUACUGGACCUGUGACAGACGAUGACAGUAGUAGCUGUUACUCCUUAUUCAUAAUGUAUAAUAUCAAGAUACAGUAUUUCUAAUAUUGUGUUUUGAUAUUUUGUUGAAGAGGUUUUUUUUAUUAUCAUUUUAGGUGAUUUGUAGGUUUGUUUGUCUCUUGUGGUUGUGGAUUAGGGCGGUUCUUAUGAAUUGAGACCACUGUGUGUGUUUUAUCAUGAGCUUGACUCAAGCUGACCAAAUCUACUCACACCUCGACUCAUGUGUCAUUCAGAUUGUUAUGAAUUAUUAGCACACUCGUCUAACUGUACAGUAAUGUUUAAUAGUUCUGUCUCAGUCAUUUAAUAAUCCUCAGGGGAAAGUCCUCUGCUGAAGCUGUAUUACGCUGCCAUUGUGUGUGCGUGUGUGUGUGAGAGAGAGAAAGAUGUUUUAAACCACUCUAGUGCCUUCACAUCUCUUGAUAUCUUUUGUAAUAAAGAUCAUUUCUGACUACA